CCAAAACAAGUGAUGACAACCCCGCCACAUUGUGCUCUUUCUGUUAUUUAAUUUUCGACUUAGCUUAAGAACACGAUAACUAUAACUGCCACUAAGGAAUAUAUAUAGAAUGCUGAAGCACCUUGCACGAUGGCGUCUGGGCAGCCAACUGCUGAAGGGUAGUGCCACGCCAGCCAGAUACGCAUCGGAAUCCUCCAGCAGAGGCAACCCACUAGCCGGCUCUCAAGAAACCCAACCAAAAUUCGUGAACCCCUUCUCACAGCCCACUCCAGCAUUAAAUAAUGAGGCGAUAUCGGAGAUAUCGGAGACCAAAGAGGAUCGAGAGAAGCGGCUUAAGGUGCUUCAGCUGGAGGCAGACAUUGCCCAUCAGGAGGGACGCCGCGUGCCGGCACUUGACUUCUUCCAGGAGCACCACUGGGAACACGUGCUGACCCUGCCCACGAAAUCGGCUCGGAUCAAGUACUUUGCAUUUCUCUGGCAAAUCGAGAUGAAGAAGGAAUCGGAGCAGCGAAAGAAGGUUCAGCGGGCGGAGGACACCGUGCGGCGGAAAGAGGAGAUGCGCAAGGAGCGCGAUGAGAACACGCACAUCAUUUACGGUCUGGGUCACACCUCCAUGUUCCUGCGCAUCUACGACACCACAAUUAAUCACUGGCAGAACAACAGGCUGACCCGAGCCAUGCAGUUCGCCCCCAAGAUUGUGCUGGAUUGCUCCUACGACGAGCACAUGAAUAACCGGGAGGCUUCGUAUGCCGCCAAACAGCUCAUGCUGUGUUUCGCCGAAAACCGCCUGAACGACGAGCCCUUUGAUCUGCACUACUGCAACGCCCACCUGGAGAGCAGAACAAUGAAGAGCCUCCAGCGCUUCAUUCCCACCAUGCUCAACCCCGAGUUCCCGAUGAACGUGCAUCCCCAGUGUUUUACGGAGCUGUUUCCCAAGCAGAACCUCGUCUACCUAACGCCUCACUGCCGCGAGGAUCUGGUCACCUACAAUCCAGAUGACGUAUAUGUCAUUGGUGCCAUGGUGGACACAAUGAACAAUGAGCCACUGUCGCUGGCCAAAGCCAAGCGAUUGGGUCUGCGAAUGGCGAAACUGCCCCUGGAUCGCUACUUGCAGUGGGGAUCGGGUUCGGGCAAAUCCCUCACUCUCAACCAAAUGAUCAACAUCAUGCUGGACCUCAAGAAAACCGGCAACUGGGAGGCGGCACUGAAACAUGUGCCCCGGCGGAAGGUCGUGGAGAAUGAAUUCCAGCAUCGCAGGGAGAAAGAUCACUGGGGUACGGGCACGCGAGCCAGGAAACUCAAUAUGCGAAUCGAUCAUCUGCUGGACUUCGAGGAGGAUCGGCGGAAGGCCUCGUCAUUUGCAACACCCCAAAAGGUUAGGCAGCGCCGGGAAGGCAUGGAGUUCCAACUGGACACUUGGGCCACGGGGAAGCAUAAGAAGAAGCAGCGACAAAAUUAAAGUUACCUGUUGUAUUCAUUAAA